GUCGAAGUUGAUUUUCCCAGAAUCCCGCGGCCGUUUUCGAGCAAGCGCGCCAACAGCAAGGGCGCCGACAACAAACGCGCCGACAGCGAGCGCGCCAACAACGAGCGGGCCAACAGCAAGCACGCCAAUAACAAGGGCACCGACAGCAAGGGCGCCAAAAGCAAGCGCGCCAACAGCAAGCACGCCGACAGCGAGCGCGACAAUAGCAAGCGCGCCAACAGUGAGCGCACCAACAACGAGCGCACCAACAGCGAGCACGCCAACAGCGAGCGCGCCAAAAGCGAGCGCACCAACAGAAAGCGCGCCGACAGCAAGAGCGCCGACAGCAAGCGCAACGACAACAAGCGCGCCCACAGGAAGCGCGGCGACAGCAGGCGCGCCGACAGCAAGCGCGCCUAGAGCAAGCGCACCCACAGCAAGCGCGCUGACAGCAAGCGCGCCCACAGCAAGCGCACCCACAACAAGCGCGCUAACAGCAAGCCUGCCAACAGCAAGCGUGCCAACAAUAAACGCGCCUGGCACACUUGCUGUUGGCGCACUUGCUGUUGGCGCACUUGCUGUUGGCGCACUUGCUGUUGGCGCACUUGCUUGAUGAGUAACUGUGGUGUGGUAUUUAUU